GGUCUCAGCCCGCCCCUUCCCCGCCCGCCGCCGCCGCCAUGGGGCCGCUCUGCUCCCUGUUGCUGCUGGUGCUGGUGCUGGGCACCGGUACCGCUACCGGUAGCGGCACCGGUACCGGCACCGGGUCCGGGCCGGCCCCGCCGCGGGUGGUGCUCGCCCUCCUGGCCCGCAACGCGCAGCACUCGCUGCCGCACUGCCUGGGAGCGCUGGAGCGCUUGGACUACCCCGCGGGGAGCAUCGCCCUGUGGUGCGCGACAGACCACAACUCGGACAACACGACAGCGAUGCUGCAGGAGUGGCUGGGUGCUGUGGGCAGUGAGUACCACUCGGUGGCAUGGAAGGUGCAGGAGGAGCCCAGCUCCUACCCCGACGAGCUCGGACCCAAGCACUGGAGCAAUCAGCGCUAUGAAAACCUGAUGAGGCUGAAGCAGGAGGCUCUCACCUACGGCCGGGAGCAGCGAGCAGACUACAUCUUGUUUGUGGACACCGACAGCAUCCUGACCAACAACCAGACCCUCCGGUUUCUCAUGGCACAGAACAAGUCAGUGGUGGCCCCAAUGCUGGACUCGCAGACCUUCUACUCCAACUUCUGGUGCGGCAUCACACCCCAGGGGUACUACCGCCGCACGGCUGACUACUUCCCCACCAAGAACCGGCAGCGGCUGGGCUGCUUCCCCGUCCCCAUGGUCUAUGGCACCUUCCUGAUCGACCUGAGGAAGGAGGAGACGUCGCGGUUGGCUUUCUACCCUCCCCAUCCCAACUACACCUGGGCCUUCGACGACAUCAUCGUCUUCGCAUACUCCUGCCAGGAGGCCGGCGCCGAUGUCCACGUGUGCAACCAGCAGCGCUUUGGCUACAUCAACGUCCCCGUGAAGGCUCAUCAGACACAGGAGGAUGAACGUGCCAACUUUGUGCAUCUCACACUGGAGGCUAUGGUGGAUGGCCCCCCCAUGCAGCGCUCCAGGCAUAUCUCCCUCCUCCCCAAGCCACUCACAAAAAUGGGCUUUGAUGAAAUCUUCCUCAUCAACCUGGUGCGGCGGCCGGACCGGCGCCGGCGGAUGCUGGCGUCCCUGCGGGAGCUGGAGAUCACCCCACGCGUGGUGGAUGCUGUGGAUGGGAGUGCCCUCAACAGCAGCGACAUCAAGGUGCUGGGGGUGGACUUGCUCCCUGGCUACUACGACCCCUUCUCUGGGCGCACGCUCACCAAGGGUGAGGUUGGCUGCUUCCUCAGCCACUACAACAUCUGGAAGGAGAUCGCAUCCCGGGGGCUGGAGCGCUCGGUGGUGUUCGAGGACGACGUCCGCUUCGAGGCCGCCUUCCCGGCACGGCUGCGGCGCCUCAUGGAGGAGCUGGAUGGGGCACAGCGGGACUGGGACCUCAUCUACCUGGGGAGGAAGCAGGUGAACGCAGAGGAUGAGGAGCCUGUGCAGGGCGUGCGGAACCUGGUGGUGGCCGGGUACUCCUACUGGACACUGGCCUACGCCAUCUCCCGCCGUGGGGCGCAGAAGCUGCUGGAUGCUGAGCCCCUGUCCAAGAUGCUGCCGGUGGACGAGUUCCUGCCCAUCAUGUACGACAGGCACCCCAAUGAGGACUACAAGCGGCACUUCUCCCCCCGGGACCUGCUGGUGUUUUCGGCUCAUCCCCUCUUGGUUUAUCCCACUCACUACGCUGGGGAAAGCAACUGGCUGAGCGACACCGAGACCUCCACCAUCUGGGAUGAUGAUGCCAAGAAGACCGAAUGGGCUGGUUCACACAAGACCCUGAGGGACCCGCGGGGUGGCAGCAGUUACCUCCGCUCCGCCGCCCGCGAUGAGCUCUGAUGGGAUGGAUCCUGACCCAGCCGGGAGCACCGGCGGCCUCAUCCUGCCCGGGAGCCGCUGCUGGACCCAUCCUCAGGGCUCUGCACAUCUGGAGGUGCGGAAUCCACCCGAGGCAGGAUUUGCUCCAUGGAGAGCCCCUUCCCAAUGGA